AUGGCAAUUUCUUGUGGAGACAUUCCUCGCUUGAUCUGCUCUGUCAUUAUUCCACCCGUCGGUGUAUUUUUCCAAGUUGGAUGUACGAAAGACCUGGCCAUUAACUGUUUGCUUACGAUUCUCGGAUAUAUUCCCGGUGUUAUCCAUGCUGUCUACAUUCUAAUUAAGGAGUAG